AUGUCUAAAGCAGAAAAAUCAUCAUCAAAAAAUAACAAAGACUACACUAAAAACGUAACAGUAGAAAAUUCAAGCACUUGGUCGACUAAACAUUUCAAAGACACGACGUUACAAAAAGUCAAUGGGUUUGGCACUGUUUCAGAAAACGUUUCUGUUACGUCAAAUGCAAUUGCUCCUGCUGCUGUAACAAAUAUUAACCAACAAAACCAUCGUACUUAUAGACAAUCUGAAUGUUAUAUGGACUCCAUCGAUAAACUAACCAAAGAAUUUGAACAAACUCAAUAUGUUUCAUCACCUAUAAAUCGAAAACCAUCUAAUAAUAUUCAAGGAAAUACGGAAGUGUCAAAAGCAGCCAAUUCAAAUCAAAAGAGCCUGUUGGAUGACUAUGAUGAGGUUACUUAUGCUGAAACAAAUGGUGCAACUUGGACUGUAUCUGCAAAUGCAUAUGAUGACUAUGAAACGGAUGAUUUCUCUGCAAUACCAAACACUCAAAAAAUAGAAGACAAACCUAAUAUGAAAAAUACAAAUUCAACGAACCAACGAAAUCAAUCGAAUCGACGAAAUGAAAAGAACUUGACAGAAAAUAAAACAAUCAUCAAUCAAGACAUGGCAGCUUCUAAGCGUAUUUUUAAUGUCGCAUUGGUAGAUGCUCAGAUGUCACUUAAUAAAUGGGAAGAUAGUUCUCGAAUCGAUCGUCGUCUUACAGAUCUAAAACUUAUCUUUGAAUUCAAUAGUAAAUGUACAUCAUCAUCAUGUCAUCCAUUUAUUGUAUCACCACCUAACUUACAACAUACUAUAAAUCGAGAUAAAAUCAGAUCGUAUUUCGAUUUAGGAUGUGGUGAUGGAAGCAUCACAGCUGCAAUUGGAGCUUAUUUAGGUUUAAAUAAAGAACAUAUUUUUGGAAGUGAUAUAUACGAAGGACAAAGCAAAGACAUUACAUUUAUUAAAGUGGAUGAAAGUCAAUCAACAAUUAAUCUUCCUGAUAAUAGUAUCGAUCUUAUAACUUCUUUCGUUACAUUUCAUCACAUAUCUCAGAUUGAGAAAACAAUUACUGAAUUGUUUCGUAUUCUUCGAUCGGGUGGUUAUCUUAUUUUACGCGAACAUAAUUGCAAAAAUGAUCGAUCACUUGCAGCUAAGUAUCUUAAUUUUGUACAUGCUAUCAUGAUGAUCGCACGAGUUGGAGAAUUUGCUACUUCUCUGAAUGAUCUUCAUAAUGAAAAUCAACAAGUAUUGAAUAGAGACUACAAUAAUAUUAUAGAUGAUUGGAUGGAACAAAAGUCACAUAUUAUUGAAUAUAUAAAAACAAUUUCUUACCGAUCAUGUGAUGAAUUGCGAGAGAAACUUGAAAAUACUGGUUUUCAUCUUCUUGCCACAUUCUUUUAUGGUGCAUCUGGAUCUAAUCCACAAAACCUAUUUUAUGCUGUUUACCAACUGAAUGAUAAACGUAAAAUGUAUGGUGAAUAG